AUGCUCUUGCUGGCAAAUUUUGACUCUUGCUUUUUCUCUUUUACUUGUUUAAGUCAGCUUCCUAGUUGCUUAUACACCCCCCUCUAUACCCCCCUUUACCCUUUCUUUUUAGCUAUAUAUUUACACCAAGCAAAGGUUAGGCUUAGAGUACACUUUCCUUAGAAAACCUAUCAAGUCAAGAGGUUUUAGAGAAACAAAUAUAAAAGAGAAGAGAAGAGAGGAAUAUUUUUUUUUAGUAUAGAAAAUUAUAUUAAGAAAAAUUUAAAGCAAAAGUGAAACAAAAAGACAUGGGAAGACCACCUUGUUGUGACAAAGAAGGUGUUAAGAAAGGACCAUGGACUCCUGAAGAAGAUAUCAUACUUGUUACUUAUAUACAAGAACAUGGUCCUGGAAAUUGGAGGGCGGUUCCUACAAAGACAGGGUUGUCAAGAUGUAGCAAAAGUUGUAGACUUAGAUGGACUAAUUACUUGAGGCCAGGAAUCAAAAGGGGUAACUUCACUGAACAAGAAGAGAAGAUGAUUAUCCAUCUUCAAGAUCUUUUAGGAAAUAGAUGGGCUGCAAUAGCUUCAUACCUUCCACAAAGAACAGAUAAUGACAUAAAAAAUUAUUGGAACACUCAUUUGAAAAAGAAGCUGAAGAAAUUGCAAACAGAUAAUAAUUCUGAAGGAAAUUUUGAAGAUGAAAAAUUUUCAUCAUCAUCAUCACAAAGAAUUCCAAGAGGUCAAUGGGAAAGAAGGCUUCAAACAGAUAUUCAAAUGGCUAAAAAAGCUCUUAGUGAAGCACUUUCACCACAAAAACCAAUAUCUUCAAAUUUUUCAUCAUCAAUGUCUUCAAAUAUUAAAGAACAACCUCAUCAAUCAAUUUGCUAUGCUUCAAGUGCUGACAACAUAGCUCGUUUAUUAAAGGGUUGGAUGAAAAAUCCACAAAAAUCAUCUAAAAGUUCUUUGACUCAAAAUUCAUUCAACAAUUUUGUAGUUUCAGCAGGGACUGAUACUGCUUCUAGUGGAACAAAGUGUGGUGAAUAUUUGUCUGAGACCUUUGAAUCUUUGUUUGGUUUUGAGCCUUUGGAGUCUUUUGAGUCUUCAAAUUCUGAAUUCUCUCAAUCUUUGUCACCUGAUCAUGCAAGUACUAUUUUACAAGAUGAGAGUAAGCCUGAUCAUAUUGCUAAUGAAAUGCCAUUUUCUUUGCUUGAGAAAUGGCUUCUUGAUGAGGCUAGUUGUCCUGACAAAAAUAGUGUUAGGUUAUGGUGAUGCUUUCAAGCUUUCUAGAAUAUUGGUUUUUUGUUGUGAAAUAUAUAUGUCUUGGACUUUUUUUAUUUUAUAUAUUUUUGUUUUAUCAGCGUUUUUAUAUGACGAAUUGUUCGGAAAAAUCCGAGUUCGAUUAAUUCUGACGGAAACAAUUCUUAGUCAGAUUUUACUUAUUACUUUGUAGUUGAACUCUGGAUUGUCGGA